CGGCGCGGCUGUCCAUCAUCUCGCUUCCUGCUUUGGUAAAAGUGAGGCAUAAUUGUGUUUUCGGACUCGGAGCGAUAAAGUAUCGCACUUUAAACCAAGGUGAUGACAUUGUCGGUUUCGAGGUGUUCCGAUCAUGUCCGGCGGCGCGCAUCACAAUAGGAGGCGACGCCCCCAGAAAAUGUACGUGGUUGCUUCCGACUAUAAAGUGCAGGACCACCUGGAAGGAACCAUUCGCCUGCAGAGGGGGCAACUAUGCCAAGAACAGGAGGGAGGAGGCGAUAGGGCUGGACGAGGAGAUUACCUGUGGGUGAAAGUGAUUGAUAAUGGAUCUGUGGUGAAGAUUGACAAACAGGUGCUCAGUGAUGUACCUGCUGAUCUCGCUGGUCUUCUUGAACCUGUCCUGGAUCUUGACAUCCGUAUCAAACUCCUGUCCAGACCGCAGCGCUUGCACCGAUUGGCUGCUUUACCGCUGGGCUCAGAGGUGUUGGUGUUCUGGAACCAAUCGGGAGAGCUCGCAGAGGCGGAGCUUCGUUACCGCGGUCCCUUGACGAGAGGAAGUUCUGCCGUUUAUUUUGGCGUUCAGCUAAAGGGAUGGGCAGCAGGCAGGGGCAAAUCUAAUGGCAACUAUAAAGGGCAUCAGUUGUUCACUUGUCCAGAUUCCUGCGGCCUCAUCCUCGCUGCCAAUGAGCUUACCCUCCCUCGAUCAUCAAGAGGUGGUAGUUCAGGUGACCAAGAUCGCCAUCCACACCAACCAAACCAAACACCAUCUAAUAACAUAAACCAAACCCACAACCAGACUCCAGUGAACAUCCUGUCACGCUCUGCCGAUUCAAACCCGGCUCCCUGCUCUCCACCUCCAUUCGCCGUCGGACAGCGAGUCUGUUUCACACAGGAUGAGUCGAUCCACCGCGGGACUGUACAGUUCUGCGGGCCCCUGCCAGGUCGGACCUCCUCCGGCGUGUAUGUGGGAGUUUUACUGGACCAUCCAGUUGGAUCGUGGGAUGGAUACUAUAAAAAUAUUAAACUGUGUUCCAUCCCGUCAUCUGGACUUGGUGCUUUACUACCCCUGUCCAAAGUAACUGCAGAAACUAGAUCGGAACGAUCCCCUCCACCAGUAAACAAUCCCAAACUGCUUCCCAAACCACCCCCCUCCAAUAAAACCGCCCCACAGCCACCAUCACCCACUCACAACAAAGACCCCUCACAGUCAGUAACAUCAACAAACAGACCGCCUGUCCAGGCAGCCAUGCUAGUCACAGCUAAAAAAGCCCUCCAACCUUCUACUAACCCUGCCCCUAAAGUUGCUUUGAAACCUCCUCCUCUGACCACGCCCAAACCUGCCCUGAAACCCCCAGUUGUCCCGCCCAAUAAGCCACAGGUCCUGCCCAUGUCACCACCCUCUGACGAUUCACGCUGCUCUAAUGGAUUUCACAACUUACCCACUCCACCAAUUGCUGAGCAAAGGGCGGAGCUUGACACAUGGUUAGAGGUGGGCUCUAUGGUGGAGGUGAAUGACCCGCCCCUUUUUGGAGUGAUUCGCUGGAUUGGACAAAUCAGUGGGAUCCCAGAACCGGUCGCCGGAAUUGAGCUGGACCAGGAGUUGUCAGCCGCCACAGAUGGCAGUUACCUUGGUGAUCGUCACUUCCGGUGCCCUGCCAACAAAGGGCUGUUCGUCAAACUACGGAACUGUAGACACGACUCCAGAUUUCCUGCGCCGGAAAUGCCCAUUAAUCAAGUGGACCGUUGCAACUCGAUAGCGUUUGCUAACUGGAGCAGUAAGCGUGUUGAUGAGAACACUCCUCCAGUGUUGGGUCUGGAUGCCCGUCUGUUGUACGAGGGCUUUAAGAAAGGCAUUCAGGGUCACCUGAACUCCUGCUAUCUGGACGCUUCUCUCUUCAGUAUGUUCUCGUGCUGCAGCUCUUUUGAUUGGCUGUUGUUUUGGCCCACUGGACCUCAGAACAACCCGCACAGUCAAAGUGCCCAGGAUCUUCUGCGCUGUGAGAUUGUCAACCCUCUACGCAGGUUUGGGUAUGUGUGUGCCAGUAAAACGAUGGCAUUACGCAAACUUCUCAAAGCUGAAACUGCAGAUGCUGGAUUUACGAACGAGGAGAAAGAUCCUGAGGAAUUCCUCAACCAGCUUUUCCUGCUUCUCCGGGUGGAGCCUCUUCUGAAGAUCAGGUCAUCGAGUCAGGAGCCGCAGGAGUGUUUCAUUUAUCAGCUUUUUCCUCCAUCUGUCUCAUCAUCUCCCCUCAUCUCUCCUCUGUCUCCAUCUCUCUCUCCGAUCGCGCUCUUGUCUCCAGUCACGGGUGUCAUGCGAGUGUCCAGCGUUCAAGUGUUACUGGAAUCUUCCUUCAUGCACUCUGGACUCAAACUCACAGAGGCACCGUCCUGCCUGCCGCUCCUCAUGCCUCGAUUCGGUAAAGACUUCAAGAUGUUUGAUGCCAUUCUGCCCUCAACAUCCCUCGACAUCACUGACCUACUGGAUGACACUGUGCGUCAGUGCAGUAUCUGUCAGUCACUGGCGCAGUGGGAGUGUGUUCAGUGUUAUGAGGAUGAUGACAUCACACCGGGACAGAUGACGCAGUACUGUAACACCUGUAACACACAGGUUCACACACACAAGAAACGACAGAAACACAAACCUGCACACAUCAGAGUGCCUCUGGGUAAUUGGGAGGGGCCGGUUCACAGGGCCCGUCAGUGCAUGGAUCUGUUCGCUGUGACGUGCAUCGAGACGAGUCACUACGUGAGCUUUGUCAAACACGGACCGCUCCACACAGACUGGCUGUUCUUCGACAGUAUGGCCGACAGAGAGGGAGGAGAGAAUGGCUUUAAUGUCCCGCAGGUGAGGGCGUGUCCUGAGGUGGGCCGUUACUUGAGUCUGACUGUAGACGAGAUCUCUCGACUCGACACCACGUCUCUCAGAGACCCCGUACGACGAUUACUGUGUGAUGCAUAUAUGUGCCUUUAUCACUCUCCUGAACUGAGCUUGUACAAAUAACACACUUUUAAUAUUUUUGCACAGUCUACAUUCAUAUCAGUUUUUUUUUUUUUUGCUUGACUAUAUUUCACAAUGCAAUAUACGAAAAUAGUAUUUGAUUGUAAAUAUAUUUGAUUGUAAAAGAUACAUUUUUAUAAAAAGAAACAUAAACUGUAUAUUUGUGCUUGUGUUGUUUUCUU